CAGAUGCUGUCUGCUUUCGCUUCCCAUUGGUAGAUAUAAGUUCGAGAAUAAAAAUAAAAUAAAAUAUAGCACCAAAAUGGAAGGCUUCGAUGAAGUAGAUAUCGAUGACCUCUUCGGGGGGGGAGGUGACAUGCUUUUUGACGGCCUGGAUAUUGCAUUGGACGACACCUUGGGAGACAUAAUAUCGAAUGAUGCCGCACCAGCUCCCGUUGCACCCCCUAGUGAACCCGCUCCAGCACCAAAAACAAAACGAACCGGGGGUCCGAGAACGAAAAGAACCAAUCCAAUGCUCGAGAAACCCGUCGCAAAGGAAGAAACGGCUGUCACGUCUCCGGGAAAUAAGCGAAGGAAAACCAAACGCAAGUCAAAGGCUCCGGCUGCAUUUGGAGAUGAUGAUGAAGCUGCGGUGGAAGAACAACCUCCACCAAAGAAGAAGCGUAAAGCAAGCGCAAAAACAAAGAAGUUGAAUGAUGCUUCCAGUGUCUCCUCAGCCAAAACGAAACGGAAGAAGCUCACUGGUACGGCAUCUGCUUCUAUAGUGAAAGGAUCAAGUCAUCUUGGUGCCAGCAACUCUCUAUUAACGAAAUCUACAAAGUCAUCAAUGGUGCUACCAAAUUCCUCUGUGGCGGCAGCCGGUCAGUUUGGGGGUCGUUUGAAAAAAGUGGGAACUACCAAGGUCAAGCGAAAACUCAAAAAGCACGCUGAUGGUGCUUCGGAUAGCGUGGCGCUAGCUGCUACCGAAGUCAUCAAGCCUCCCAAACCAGAACCCACCUAUGGCGGACUUGCACCUUCAAAAACAUUAUUUUACCCAUUUCUGGAAUCGGUUCCAGCGGAGUCAACAAUGCAAAAGCGGAAGACUUAUCCUGUAAUGGAUCGUUUAUCCAGUACCCUGACCAGUCAAAUGUUAUCUGCGAAACCUGAUCCAACUAAUCCAGCAUCCCUGGGAGUGAUAGAAGACAAUGCCAUUUUUAAGCUCAUGCUUGAUACGUACGAAGGGAACGAGAAGGAUAAGAAGAACUUCACGCCCGAAAAGCGAGUAGCACUUUUGAGAGGAAUUUUUCAUUUGCGGAAAAUAAUUCAGAAAGCGGAUAAGAACAGUUUGGUUCGGGACGUAUUUGCCAUGUGUGGACUUCUCACUCGGGAAUACAACUUUUUGAAACAGACACUGGAUAAUAUGAAAGUGUGGUGUAAAAAUGAAUUUGACGAUGAAAAAUACAAAGAGACAUACGAA